AUGUCAAGAGCUCAGGGGUAUGUAAGUGAUUAUGGGGCGAUUGAUGCCAUGGGAAACGUGCGCUUCUGGCGGAACGGUUGGGUCAACGAUAUGCCCCAGGACUGGCAGGACUUGGGCCGACGAUUUUCUAACACGGGACUGGGAAGCUAUGCUGGUAUUCGUUUUGAGGACAUUGACGGAGAUGGUGGAGACGAUGCCAUAAAGGGGUACGUUGGGGAUGGUCUCAACGUCGCAUGGCGCCAGACGUUUUACAAGAGCGCAUCCUCCGACCCCACGCAUAUGGGCAUAGGCGGUACUAACCACCGUACCCGAAUCCAUUUUGCCCGCAUCAACGGCCAGAGCAGUGUCUUCGGAAACCUACCGCUGCAAGGCUACGUGUAUUUGGAGCACACCAAAUUGGCGGGGGAUCAGCACCGCUUUGAAAUGCGAGUAUGGAAGAAUAUUAGCGGAGGCGGCAGCAAGAUUGUGGCUGACGGCAAUAAGUACUGCAACAUGGUGGGCCAUCGCGAUGGACGAGUCGAUUAUGUGUGGACGCAGUCAACGAGAGAAAUGAACCUCUUCACCAACCGUGGCAAGGGCACUAUUGGUGACAUUAACGCGGAGGGAUACUGGGAUCCAAGCCCUGGCCUCAUAUGUCGACCACCACGGAGCAUGGACCGUCGGGAUCUGCACCUGCAGGACUGGGACGGGGAUGGCGACUGCGAUAUCAUCUAUGUCAACCAUGAGACCAAUGCCAUGGAGGUUUUUCUGAACCAAUAUUCACAGACUGGCAGGCGGGGAUGGACUCAUUUGACAGACUCUCCUCCAGGCCUGACUUGUGGGUAUAAGAGAGGUCUCGGUGGUUUCAAUCUGGCUGUCCGCUUUGCCGAUUUGACUGGGAACAAUGGCGCUGAUUACUUAUGCAUCGCACCCGAUGGCACCGUCAGUGACUACCUUCAACAAGUCAGCGGCGUUUUUGUCGAUAUUAGCCAGAUCAACUUUGCCAUCAGAAAGAAUCAGGCCAAUCUCCGUUGCGCAGAUGCUAACGGUGACGGAAAGGAUGAUGUGCUUGGAUGGAGAAGCUUUCAGGUGACACAUGGGUCUGGUGAGUACAACGGAGGCCGCGGCUUCCCGGACACCGGUGGUGGCUCUUCCUUUUACUGGAGAGUUCAAGAGAAAAAGGCCUAUUACGGUCUCGCCGCUGGGUGA